UUUCGGUAAUACGUCACAAAUACGUCAUUGACCUGGGAGACUCACCCUACGACAAGCUAUUGUCUUGGGCCAGUUGGUAAUUGUCGAAAGGUUGUAUUCCCCAACGUCGGGAGAGUUUAGACGAGACACCUCUUGACGAAGACGUUUUUCCACGAUUUGUACGACGUUUUGAACGAGGAACCCUCUGAGUCUUCACGGUGAAACGUCGGAAACCUUUGCUUAUAUUCUUCAGAGAGACAAGUGUCCACGACAGAUACUCGAUCAUAUGGUUUGCAAAUAGAAGGGGGUUUUCGGGGGGGGGGGGGAUUCAUGUUUUAUAUGCAACUUGCUACGGCGAAACAUUAAAGUAAGCGGUAGAGGAAAGCUGACUGUGAUAAACUCCAGAAUACUUAUAGCAGCAAAUUAACAUACAUCGCUCAACUCUAGUCUAUCUUCCACCAAAACAUUACACUGGUAAAUGCGGAAAAGAAUUAGCAUUUCUUCUGCCACAAAUUGCAAUGCGCACGCGCGGCAUGUCAACUCUAAUCCAGACGCUAUUUGUCAAAAGUACGAGAAUGUGACAUUAAAGUUGAACUUUUUUCAACACCGUUGACAAAGUAGACAUUUUAUCUGGGUAGAAAUGCUUCCUAAUGGAUCGAUUACGGCCACAAAUAUUACACGAAGCCACUAUUGAGACCAGGAAGUCGGCGAAUCGAUGCAUGAAUGCUUGCCAUUGAUGAUAAUUUGAUCCUGAUUCAAGCGUGUAUAUCACAAGCAUUUUGCCAAGGAUUCGAAGUGUAGCUAUUUAAUGGCUGAAAGAUCGUCUUCGUUGGCCUGUAAAAAGUUCUCGGCGAAUGUAUUCGAUAAAAACAAAUGUCAGAACUGCUUCAAACCGAAAGAUGUUCACACCACAAGCCCGACAUUACCUCAACGACCGACAAAUUUAGAGGUAUCAAAACCGAUUUAAUUUUGAAGAUUUUUGACAUUUCUCCGUUUAGAUAAGCAAAUUAAUUGUUGAUUUUACCUCUAGCUUGGCGUUAAUCGUCCAAAAACCACCGUCAAGUCAGGGAACUUGUCUAUUGCGACUCAAAUAUCAACAUUGCCAAAAAUUCAAGUGCAAGUAAGCUAAUAUUUUCAUAUUUUGUGUUUAUAUUUACAAAUUAUAUCAGUGCGUGCUGGCAAUGUAAACAUUUUCGACUUUUAUUUAGAAAUGGGAGAAAGUUUGGUUCAUGCUCUAUUCGUCUGGCGUUUUGGAAUGGUUCUCUGCCGAAACCGUAACGGUAUGGGUCUUAAAAUAGUUGUGCUUUAGAAUUUCGAGGGAUUCAUAUCAAAAUUUAGCCUUGUGAAUUUAUAUAUACUUGACAGAGUAAAUUUAGCAUAAGUGUCGAUAAAUAUGAUGACAAACUAUAGCUUUAGAAACGGAUUGGAAAAUACGUGCAAAAUGUUUGGUUAAAAUUAUUAAAUUACACCUGUCUGAUACGUGACAAGCAGUGCAAUUAUUUCUUGGCGUGUUUUAAAACGAUCAUGCUGGGAUAUUAAAUGUAAAUUUAAUUUGUUUUAUGAUUUCCCCAUGCAUAGUUUUUGAGUGUUGAAUUUCGUUUGGGACAAAAUCAUUUUGUUGAUCUCAGAAUAAAGUGAAUAUGAUAUGAACUGCUGAUUGACCACCAUCUUUUGCAUGAUACUGUUAAGUAAAAUCUACCAUUUGGUUAGCCUACGGUGUUGACCCCAGCAGAAACACAUUUCGUUUCUGGCGUCUACACCGUAGGCUAACAUUUGGUAGGUUUCAGGAUAAAGCAAUAUAGUUGACACGAGAAAGCAAUUUAAACAAAAUAUCUCCCUUAUUUGUUUGCCACAAAAUACAAGCCUACUCAUAGAAUUAUGAGAAUUAACAUUUUCUUACUGAUGACUGCUAGGCGACCAUUAGAGUCUAGUAAUUCUGCAUGAUAGUGCUUAUAUACAACGAAAUAACCCUGUCUAUUAAUAGGUUUGACAUAGUUUACUUAAGAAGUGUUUAAACAUCCUGAAACGUAAAGAGUAUUGUCUGAAAACAAUAUUUAUGUUUGAAAAUUAUUUCCUUGAUGUAAGCUUGGAGUGCACUUUACUCCAAUGCCGGGUCAUUGACACCUUAAAAUUACUGUUGCCGUGGACGAUGGCUUUUGAAAUCCUGAAGUGAUUUGUCAUGCUAGAUUACACAAAGAGCUUUUAAGUUGUUAUGAAUUAUGCUUUGUGGUACUCAAUGCAAACUUUAAACAAAAUAGUGAGGUAUACUGAUAUGAAAAUUAACUUAUAUUCUGAUAACUGAUGUUCAAGGGUCGAUACCAAUACCAAUAUUUUAUUUUUUACUUCGAAAUUCACAAAUGAAAAUUGGACGUAAUUUGCUGAAACUUCAUCAUAUAUACAAGUUGCGAGUGGCCAAUUACGCAUUAACACUUAUCAUACAUGUAUACAUUGAUAACAUCUUUGGCUAUAUAUUGAAUUUAUAUUGACACAUUUGAGGCACUGAGUUGUGUUGCAAUCAAAUUGGAAUCCAAAAUAUACUUUAAAUUUAAAAUAUAUUGUAUAACUUUGUUAUAAUAUGAUACUGAUAAUAUUGGCAAUUACUGAAGUACCAAUACCGAUUUUUUUAAAUUUCGGAGCAAUAUCUGGUAAGCUGAUAUGGGUAUGAGUGCAUCAGUAAAACUGAACUAGUGUACUAAACUAAUGUUAUUUAUAUACUGGAUAGCUUAAUCAGUUCCAGACUGUUCCGGCCUAUUGUCCCACAGUGGUACUAAGUAUGAAACUGGAGUGGACUUGUAGAUUUUGGCUGAAAUGCCACCCAAAAAUGGUGAUGUACGAAAGCCUAAUUAGUUGAAUUUCACAACAGCCACUCAUCUUAAAACAAAAAAAAAUAUGUAAGAGUUCUGUUAGUAUUAAUUCCCAAAAGUCUGCCUGUGACAGGUAAAAUUAUCUACAUUGUGAUAAUUGUUACACACUACAGAGUAAAAUAAAGUUGGAUUCUAACUUUAUGGGUUAUUACAAGAGACAUGUCAAUCUUACCAUCCCCCUUGGAUUUAUGGAAUUAUUUACUCCUCCCCCCCCCAUGUAAGCCAUGAUCCUUCCUCCUGGCAACACACCCUAAAAAGACCUCUCUCUCCCUACCUGUCAGGUCGGCAUAGAUCAAUCCCCCUUCUGACAACACCCCAGGGAAGUUUUGUACCCUUGCAAGCUUAGCUGUGAUCCCUAUGAAAAUUCUCCUCCCUCAGAAUUUCUCAUCCUUGUUUGGUGAAUGAAGUUCCACCCCUAUAGUUUACACUCCCCCCUCCCCUUGUUUAAUGAACCAAGAUCCAUCCCUUCUACCCCUGCAACAUUUGCACCUUUGCCAACUUCUGAGUCUAGACUUCCCCCCCCCCUCUGACUUACCUGGGGAAUCCUACUCCUCUUUGGUUGAUGAGCCUAUAUAUCCAUCUGCUGUUUUGACAAGGUUUCCUUCCUGGAAUAUGCAAUUUCAGAUAAUUUACCAUCAAGGAGAGAGCACUACAUUUAGUGGGUAAUCGUUCUUCUCUCUUGUAUGUGGGAAAGGUUCUGCCUGCCAACACAGCACAUUUUCUCAAAUAACAGAUGGUCCCUUACUGGACCUCUAGGAAGAACAGUUUAGAACUGAUAGAGCUAUCCAGUAUAAACAAAGUUAGUUUAGUUUAGGUUUCCUCUUGUAGUAAUACUGGAUCAAUAAGAGAUGAUCCUUACUGGACCUCUAGGAAGAACAGUUUAGAACUGAUAGAGCUAUCCAGUAUAAAUAAAGUUAGUUUAGUUUAGGUUUCCUCGUGUAGUAACAAUGGAUCAAUAAGAGAUGAUCCUUACUGGACCUCUAGGAAGAACAGUUUAGAAUUGAUAGAGCUAUCCAGUAUAAAUGAAGUUAAGUUUGGUGGAACCCAGUACUCAGAACCGUUUUAUAAAUUCAAAAUAUCUUCACAUUAUUUAGCCUGGCCAGACCUCGUUAGGAAGCAUUAGUCUAGAUGAUUGCCUUGGUUUGAUAAGCGCUGAAUGCGACACAAACGAAGCGUUCAGCAUUGGAAUCAAAACUUCAACAAAGACGUAUUACUUGAAAGCUGAGAAUCGUUUAGAAAUGGACAAUUGGUGCCGUGUAUUAAAACCAUUCGUCAUAGCUUCGCCUGGAUACCAGUUCAACAAGAAAUCAUCAGCAGCACGUGCGCUCAGUUACCAUGACUCAAAGAUUGGUUCCCCAACAAGUAAGCUUUAAAUUCAUAAUUUGCCUUGGAUAUUAGAGGGACGAACCAGGGUUAAGGAAUAUCGUGUUUCUUAAGUGACGUUCUCAAAACAGACAAAUGUAUAUUUUAGGUUAUAUGACAGCGUACAGCCGUACAGUUAUUCUGGUACCCAAAGUUGAACAAUCUUUUAGAUAUAUAACAGUUACUUUUUUGGCCGAUCUGAAUUGUGAAAUUGCUCUAACAUUACUAUAUAGUAACAGUUCCAUAUAUACUCAGCUGGUACUCUGUUGAUGCGAUGCUUGUCAAACGCAUUCGCAUUAUGCAAUCAACUAACGACACCCAACGCAUGCGCAGACUGGUGGUUAUAAGUAUGGCGAAAACAGGCGUGGUGUACUGCCGUGGUUUGUGUGUGAAUUACCUUGAUUUGAAGCAAAUACUGCUGACGCCGUCAUUACUGUAGAGGGCACUCAAGGACUGGAUAUCUACAUCGGCAUAUAAGUCAAGUGUCCAUGCAUAAAUUAUACAUGUCCUAAUAGAGAAGUUUUGGUAAUCGACAGGCAGGAAGUAUUGACGGCUUAUUGAAGAAUACUACCUACGCUGGUCCCCCACGUUUGAGAUAUAUUUUUCAGGAAGUUUACACCAAAUCAUUAAACCCUCUAUAAUUAUGUACGUUUAACGCGCGUGCUGACGUGAACGUCCCAUGGUUAAUCUCUCUAAUAUCAUUGGCUACCACAAACAAAGCUUCUUUUGUAAAUAAAAGAGUUUUGUUCCUUGAAAAGGAUUUGUAAAUUAUAUCUCAUAUACACAUUGAUCCAAUAAGCGCAUGCACGAACAGUGAUUUAUUUGAUGAAGAGAAUUUUGAAUUUUUGAUGGUUUAAUUCGUGCUGUUUUACAUUGUACAUAUAUCCAGGUAUACUAUACCCAUUGUCAUAUCAGUGAUUUGUGUCUAAACUAGCGGAAAUAUAUUGAACACAGUUUGAUAUUCUGAGCGAAGCCGCUUCUCCAGCGGAAGUUAUAUCAACGAAGGGUAUAAAUUGACCUGAUGAAAGGCUUCACUCGAAGUGUAUUUAUUAAUCUUUGUGUGGUAGUUCACACAUAAAUAUUUUAAGCGGGAUUCAGUGUAGGUAUUAUUCUAUUUCAACAAUAACCUGCUAAGGUUUGUAUCUGAAUGCAACGCUUCGAAUUUUUAAGUAGUGGUUCUGUGGCUUCGCUUGGAAUGUCGACGUCUAUACUUAAUCUUUUCAGGUAGUUCAGACACAACCCAUGGCAGCUUAUUGUAGAAUACCUACGCUGGACGACACACAAACCACGACAGCUUAUUGUAGGAUACUACCUACACUGGACCACCACGUUUGAGAUACCUUUUUUAGGUAGUUCAGACACAAACCACGGCAGCUUAUUGUAGAAUACUACCUACACUGGACCACCACGUUUGAGAUAUAUUUUCAGGUAGUUCAAACGCAAACCCCGGAAGCUUAUUCGCCCUAUUGUAGAAUACUACCUACACUGGACCACCAAAUUCGAGAUAUAUUUCGAGGUAGUUCAGACACAACCCACGGCAGCUUAUCAGUUGUAGAAUACUAGUACCUACACUGGACUAUAUCAUAUCGGAAAAUCAACUUCCAGAACCACAGAUUAAUUCUCUAUGGCCCGUUUCAGACAUCGAACUUUUCAUGUGCCGAACCACCUCAUUGACAUUAUUUAUUGUCUUUAUUAAAUGCAUUUGUGUAAUUGUGUCGUGAAUAAUUUUAUUAUUUUGUUUCAGAUCUAGUACAAGAAAGAAAAAGCAGUUUAUCUCGUACAGUAUCAGCACCGUGGCAAGCAACUUCAGACCACAAGACCAGCUCGGGAUCUGGUAAUGCUGCUAUGAAAAGAUGGUCUGCUACUGAGGAACUCUUGGUUAGGGUGAGUGCCACGGCUGGGUUGGUUGCAUUGCAAGGUGCUGCAGAAAUUGCCCAUGUAUAUAGGGCAAAAAAAAAUAUGUGGGUUUCCGGUUUCUUCUUAUAAAAACUUAGGUAGGGUAGGUCGGUUUUAACUUUUUUUUUAACUUUUUUUUUUAAUUUUCCGAACAAGCGGACGCCAUUUUGUUUAGUCAGUGCUUCCACAUCCAAAGAUAAAUUUCCCUAAUAUUGCCUCAAAUUUCAAUUUUCCACAAACUUUUUCCUGUAAGUGGAAACACUUACAAGCAUGAUCCAAUAAAAAAGUUUAGGGUCGGGAUUUCGACGCCCAAAAGCUAGGUAGGGUCGGGAAACCGGAAACCCACAUAUUUUUAGUCCUAGUGUAAAGCUACGUUACUGAUGAAUCGCUUUAUCUUUAGAGGGACACGACUGACUAUAUCACCAAAAGCAACACACGAAGUUCAAAAGAACCAAAAAACACGAAUUCUUCAGAAAAACAAGCCGAAACUCAAGUGGAAAGCGAUCCAGCGCUGCAACCGUACUACACUGAUCUCUACUUAAAGCCUGAACCAUCACCGCCCAAACAAAACGGCGAAACGGGUCCAACUUUAACACUUCAAAUCGAACUUGCUGAGGCGAAACGCGUGGCAAAACACAAUCAAGGAAAAGCUGAAAUGUGCUCGAAAAACCUCACAGACACCAAAAAACAGCUCGAGAAAUCGAAUAAUAUUGUUAGCAUUCAGAAAGCCAACAUUGAAGCUCUAACAAGCGAAGUUGAGAAUCUUAAAACGCGGUUACGAAAAAGUGAUGAAAUUUUGGAAAAGCGUUUAAAAGAACUCGAGUUGCCCGCAUGCAAUGGAAACACGAACCGGGAUAGUAUCGAGUCGGGUUUUAUUAAAUUACAAUCGAAACUACAAGAAAACGAAAAAGCGCUAAUACGUCGGACACGCGAGCUGGAGAAGGCGAAUGAAAGUCGCAAGAAAGUCGCGAAACACACGCGGGCCUUGCUAAUCGAACUGGAGGGGAAAUUGACGGAAAAUAAUAAGCGGAUUACGGAACUGGAAGAGCAGCUAAUGAAUAAAACUUUGGAUUUGCAAUACGAGAAAGAGGAAAGACAACGAAUUGAACGGGAAAAGGGACAACUUGUAAAAGAUUUGACCGUUUCAAGCCAGCACUCAAAACAGCGUGAAAUCACAAAGCGAAGUACAGAGUUACUACAACAAGCCAGAGACGAACACAAGCUCUCGAAAACUGAGCAAAAAACACAACACGAAAUUGAAGCUUUGAAUAAAAAGCUCGAAGGAAAGAACUCCGAGAUUCAAAGCCUGCGAGGACAUUUAGCUACCCUCGACAAAAAAGACGCGGGAUUUCGCGCACUCGAAGCAGCGUAUAAAAAGACGAGCGAGGCAGUGGAUGUUUUGAAAUCUAAGUUGGAAUUGGUUAAUGAGAGUUAUAAUAAAGAGAAAACGAAGUGUGAGGAAUUGGAGAGUAAAAUGCAGGAUAUUGAUGUGAAGGUUUGUAUUUUAAUCUCGCGUUGUGCUUGAUGUCAGCGAACUAUUAGAAAAGCCCAUUUUCCGCCUAGGUGAACCUGCCCUUUUCAAAUGGCAGAACUCUCUUUUCAAAUGGCAAAACUCCCUUUUCAAAUGGCAAAACUCCCUUUUCAAAUGCCAGAACUCCCUUUUCAAAUGCCAGAACUCCCUUUUCAAAUGGCAAAACUCCCUUUUCAAAUACCAGAACUCCCUUUUCAAAUGGCAAAACUCCCUUUUCAAAUACCAGAACUCCCUUUUCAAAUACUAGAACUCCCUUUUCAAAUAGCAAAACUCUCUUUUCAAAUAGCAAAACUCCAUUUUCAAAUAGCAAAACUCCCUUUUCAAAUAGCAAAACUCCCUUUUCUAAUGGCAAAACUCCCUUUUCAAAUAGCAAAACUCCCUCUCCAAUUAGCAAAACACCCUUUUCAAAUAGCAAAAUGAUAUUUUAAUAUAGUUCACAAUUUUCUUGAAAGGUGAAGGAGAAAGAGCAAGAAGCGAAACAAAUUCAACGACGAAACGUGGAACUCCAAUCAGAAAUUGAAAGAACACGAAAAGAAUGCGACACACAAGUUUUACUUUUGCAAGAAGACAACGAAACCACUAGAAUACGGUUACAUGAAGUACAAGAAGAACUCGACUCUUUACAUACGGAAACAGAUGGCAGAAAUCCCGAAUUUGAUGAGCUCUCCCGCGAUUUUGACGAACUUAAAUCGAAGUCACGGAAAAAUGAGAACGAGUUUAAGAAAUUGAAAGAUUCUCAAAUAGAAACAGUUCGGGACAUGAAUAAUGAGAAAAAUAAGCGACUUAAACUCGAAAAAGACUUCGAGCAAAAAACUCUUGAACUGCAAAAUUCUCAGAAAGAGGUUGAAAAGUUCCGAGAAUUGCUAAGAACCGCAGAAGAGAAAUUUGAAAACAAAUCUAAGAGAGUUGGCGAACUUGAGGGAGUUUGUAAAAGUUCUAAAGAGAACGAUGAGCAUCGCGAGGCGAAAUAUUCCCAGGAGUUGGCUAGUCUUGAAGCGAAAAUUCAAAACUAUCAAAAUGAGAUUAAUGAAAUAAGGGGAAAGCUAGAUGGAAGUAAUGGGCACGUUUUAGGGCUAAAUAAAGAGUUGAAAAAGCGGAUGAAAGUGGAGGAACAGGUUUUGAAGAGGAUUGAAAGUUUGGAGUCAAGUUUAGGUGAAAGUUGGUGUGAAUUACUUAACUCGAAUUCCCAGGAUGCUCAAUUAAACAUUGAUGAAAGUUCGCAAGAUAAAACCAGUGUUCUAGACUCUAUAGGAACUUUAUGCAAGAGAGUCGAAAUUCUAAACCGUUCCCUCAGGGAAGAAAAAGAGAAAAGCUGUAGUUUAGAACAAAGUUUACAAACGCAACAAUCCACUGCUCGGAGAUGUAGCCUUUGCGAAAGAAGGAAAAAUGAGAACUCUAGUCUCGCUCAGGAUCUGGAGGAGGUGAAAGUAAACCAUCGUAAAGAAAUGGACAGGUUGCAGGAAUCUAUGAACAAUGAGAGCCAGGCGUUGAAAUCUCAAGCUGAAGAGAUGAAGCUGAAGCUGACGUCGAAAGUGAUUUUAUUACAGUCGGAUGUCAGCGAGCUGAACGCGAAACAUGAACAAGAGUUGGGUCAGGUUAAUGAACAACAUAAAAAAGAGGUAAGAGGCAAGAGUGUGUGGAUUAAUUUAGCCGCAUACAGCGCUGGGCCAGUUGUUCAAAGCCUGAUUAGCUUCACCCUAGGUUAGGCCUAAAAUUCAAAGCAAAUUCCUAACAUUGUAAAUUUGGAAAUAUUUCUUCAGAAAUCAUGUGUGAAUCAGUAGGAGUUUUCUUCUCUGAAGUUUUGAAAUAAACAGACGUGCAGAAACACAUACACUAAAACAGCAGGUUAAAUUUCAACCCAGAUUUUGCGCUAAUCCAGCUUUGAACAAUUAUAGGUCAAACGAAGGCGUGAGCGGGCACGUGAGAGUUUGCAUGAGAGUUUUGUCAACUCGGUCAACCGGAACAUGAGAGUUCAUGACAGUUGAUUAGGCCAAAAAAAAAUAUGUGUGGGUUUCCGGUUUCCCGACCCUACCUAGCUUUUUUAUUGGAUCAUGCUUGUAAGUGUUUCCACUUAGAGGAAAACGUUUGGGAAAAAUGGAAAUUUGAGGCAAUUUAGAGACAUUUAUCUUUGAAUGUGGAAGCACUGACUAAACAAACAUGGCGUCCGGUUGUUAGGAAAACUUAAAAAAAAAAGUUAAAAAAGAAGUUAAAACCGACCUACCCUACCUAAGUUUUUACAAGAAGAAAUAGGAAACCCACAUAUUUUUUUGGCCUUAGAUAUUAGCAGUCAAACGAAGUGAAAAGCUGUCAUAUGUUUCAUAUGUUUGAAAAGUUUGCCUGAAUCCAACACCAUUAGAUCCUGUACAUCACUUUUUGGCUCAAAUCAUUUAAAUUGAGCGAUUCCUAUCAUUAGCUACCCCUAAACCUUGCAUUCCUAACCAAAACACCCUAACGUCAUAAUAACUUUUGACGUAACCCCGAAAGCGGAGAAAAUUGUUUAUUUGACGUUUCGACUGGAUUUUAGUAAAAAAAAAUUAAAAAAAGAUUUUUAACAAAUCUGUAAAAUAAGCAGUCUGAAACCUAACCUUAAUCACGGAACUAAAGCUUCUAAAGAACAAUAUUUAACUAAUGACCUUCUAAAGAACAAUAUUUAACUAAUGACCUUCUAAAGAACAAUAUUUAACUAAUGACCUUCUAAAGAACAAUAUUUAACUAAUGACCUUCUAAAGAACAAUAUUUAACUAAUGACCUUCUAAAGAACAAUAUUUAACUAAUGACCUUCUAAAGAACAAUAUUUAACUAAUGACCUUCUAAAGAACAAUAUUUAACUAAUGACCUUCUAAAGAACAAUAUUUAACUAAUGACCUUCUACAGUACUUCUUGAGUUUCUUCAUUUGUAUUCCUGAUGAUGACUAAAAUCUAGUCGAAACGUCCAAUAAACACUUUUCAAAAUGUUUUCCGUUUUGAGAAUUACUAUUGUUUUGUAUUUAAUUAAAAUGUCUCAGUGAUUCCUGUAAUUACUUGUGACGUCAUUUCACACGUUUUUUUUAUGAGAAAUACGCAACUAAGUUCAAACCAACGUGUGCAAUUUGCGUAUAUAUACUCCUCAGAACUGAAGUAAGAAAGAUCAUUUGUUUGUUUCUAGGUUCAAUCCUGGCGAGAAAAACAUGAAAAUGAACUAAAUCAGGCGAUCGUGAAACACAAACAAGACGCCGAGUCGUUGCAGAAAACACACGAACGUGAACUAGAUCAAGCCAAGGACCAGCAUAAAAAAGACGCAGAAUCGUGGCGGGAAAAAUACCAACAUGAAAUAAAUGAACUAAACGGGCAACGCAAACAAGAUCUUGACUCUUGGCGAGAAAAAUGUGAAUCGUUGGAUGGUUUCCAUAAAGACGAAAUUAUCAGCCUUCGUGAGAAACUUGAACAGCUUCAAACUCAACUGUUGAGUGAACGACAAAGGUAAGCUCAAUAUUUGUUUUCAUACUUUGGGGGUUUUUUUCAGGUAUGGUCAGAGGCUAGCCACUAGGAGAAUGGUGUUGCGGAGCGCGAUUUUUCUUUGUCUUGUGAUUUCUCGCAUGGAACUAAUUAGAAAAGACUAAGAAAAAUUCCGCUCAGCGAAGCUCCGCGCGCACAAUUCCGCCUAGUGAAAAACGUUGCUAAUUUGUCUAAGGCCCAUAAGGCCCAUGGGAAUGCUCCUAUUCCCAUCAUCCAACGCGGGAUAAGCGCGAUUGCAUGUGGUCGGAGCCAUAAAAUGUGGUCCCGGAAAAAUAAAAAAAUAACUUUACGACGAUAAGUCUACCCCUUACCCAUCUCGGGUUCUCCCAUUAGAAACUAAGCUACUUUACUGUCUUUACAUCCAUCAUUGGCAAGUAUUUAUCAAGACUCUUGAAAAUGAUGUCGCAAUGUGUCACGCUUGACCCUCUCACCUGUACGCCCCCUCAACCCCCCCCCCUCCCCCCCCCGCUACAAACGUAGCCACACAUACACUUUACACCCUUCGAGUGUUCCAUUAAAAUAUAUGGCAUAAACACUUGAAAAUGUUACAGUUUGUGGUCACACUAUGUCGCGAUUGAAUUUUGUUUAUAUUACUCGGAGCAUUGCUUCGAUAGUUCCCUAGUGGUUUCACUACCCAUGCUAUGCAAUUCCCGCUGUGUGCUUGAUGGGGAAAGGUUACCGAGGGCAAUAAUUCAUUUCUAUUCAUUCUUGCUGUGAUUUUGCUUUCCCUUCACACAUUUGUGCUUUGGCGAAGCAUUUUCCUGACGGUUUUUUGCUCCUUCGACUGGCUCUUAUAUCAUGCGAUAGCUUUGCGUGUAAUCCGUAUUUGACAGGGCAGUCAAAUAUGCCAAAAUUUAGGUAUGUACAUUAUGUGUUAUAUAUUGUUAUAUCGUGUUAUUAUUACAUGUCUGUCGCAUCGAUUGCCGGCCCUGUCUGUAACUAAGACGGAGGAAAUGUACUAAUAUUUUGUACAAAAUCCCGAAAUCUAACCAACAUCCUUAUUUCUCUACCAUGUACCACACGAAUGGUGAAUUUGUUUGCCAGAUAAGAGGCAGCCAAACGUGAAUACCAUGAAACAGAUUAAACUCUCGGUUCAAGGAUGGCAAUUAAUUUGAUUGAAAUGAAACAUUAGACAUGUGUGGUGUUGGGGCAUAACCCUUAUCUCUGUGCGAUCAAACGCAUUCAACAAUGCACACAAGUUAGAACUUAACACUUUGUUGCAACAAUUCAGCAAUUUCAUCGUUUAACUUGCAAAGUGACUUGUCUAUAUGGUCUCGAGGCGAACAGUAAGUAUUAAAUGUUAAUACCUACAUUCUAUUUACAGGUAAAUAGCGGCAGGCCGGCUAAUCCAAGGCAUAUAGGCUGAUAUUUAAAUUGCAUUGCCAACCCGGCUUACUGUUUUUAUGCCACAGGCGAAAUCUGUUUUACGUAUAUAGUUUGGUAACAGGCACUAAGGCUUAAGAUUAUUUUUUCUUCGUUGGACUCGAGUCAACAUUCUCCAGAUGGCUAGCUGGUAUUUUGUUGAGUGUUGGAGAAUAAAAGGCUUAAAUAAUGACGGUCUGCAGUCGAAUUAAGUCGAGUUGUCUUAAUAUGGACACCGAGGAGACAUAAUGUCCAAGAGGUGUCUGUAUUAUAGAGGUUGUUUUUAAACAGAAUUACACUCUAGGCAUGGGAAACAUGACCGAAAUAUAGAGCUGUCCUCUUUAAUAUAGAGAUGUAAUAAGGUCUAUAAGGAGAGGUUUGUUCGUGAGUCUAGAUCUAGCUAGCUCUGUUUACAAUGGCAAACCUUGACAGCAUAUGUAUGCACUGGGAUUGUGACACUCUAGAAUCCAUAAAUCUGGUCCCCCAUAGUCGAAUAAAACCUCCACAAACUAAAGGUUUUAUGUAUUUUUGUUUUAUUUUUUAAAGCAUUACGUUUGUGCAUUCCGUAAAGCUAGUUCGAUCCGUACGCCCGAUUCUUCAUCAGCGAAGAUAAUAUAAGGCCAGAUCUCAAUUCACACAUCCUUUUGCGCCGAAGGUGUUGUGAUAUAUGUUGCAUGAAAUACAGUUUGGCUUCUCUAAUAUGGACACUGAAGGAAUACAACGAGGUGUAUACGUAUUAGAGAGGUCUCGGUAGUAUAUAUAGUUUCAGUUAUGUUUUACAAAAAGAAAAUGGGAAUUAUGUAUGCCGAGGAGGAGGUGUCCGUAAAAAGAGUUCCAGCUGUACACAAAUGUAUAAAUGUAUAAUUCGGGAGUCGGUGUCAAUCACUCUUCGAGCAUUCGUCAUAUAAUAGCUCCUGUUUUCUUUUAGCUUGUGUUAUAUACCUUACUUAUGACACCGGCUUCCGUGCCCUCGCAAUGAAUUACCUCGUAAUGACAAAACGGUUUUUCACCCUGAUAAUUGAGAUUCAGUUUAUUGAGUUUCUCAAUCAUUCGUGAGUGGAUUUCCCAACAGGCUAUUGCCCAAUUAAUAGGGGAUCCAAGGUACCUAUGAUUUAACGUCCUUAUCCGAGAAGACGCGAAAGUCUAACCAUUUACUGAAGUCAAUGUAAAGGCAGAACUUUCUUCUCAAUUAUUUUAAGACAUUGAGUAGAGGUCCGAGCAAGGAUUGAACACAGGUCUCCUAGCUUGAAACUGAAGCGUGGUGUCCACCACACUAUGUCAUAUGUAGCAAUUAGAUAUUGCAUGUCUUCCUGGGGUGAAUGCCGAGUUGAUGUUGCCUUUUUUGUGCUUUUAAGGUUAUUUUCGAUUUGUCUGAGCUGAAUUGCUUUUUAUACGAGUGUUUCAAUAACUGUUUAACAUAUAAAUAGAGUAUUAUACAAUAACCGGUAUAGUUUAUUAGUUUCACCACUGGAGACAGAUACCUUUCUACAUGACAGGUUUUCAGUAAGGUUUUUUGAGCAGACGAUAGCGAUUAAUUUCCGUCUGCUGCACGAUAGUGCUUAUUCAAACUCACCUAUACAACGGAAAACCUUUUUCAUCGCAUAUAUAACUUAGCUGUUAGUUUUGUUUUGUUUUGUUCAUUUUUUGGACAUUUCAUAGCGAUGACGUCAUCAUCACCUACGGCUACGUUCUAGAUGGUUCCAGACUCGUAUUAAAUUGUAACUGUUUAUGUUGCUAUAUCAUGCCUGUAUGUGAGGUUACAUAAUUAUUUUGUUUAUGAGACAUAUAUCUUUGUGAUGACACAUAGCCUACAUGCAUUUGAUACAAAUUGGAAUUUCUGGCUGAAAUCAGUAUACACUGUUCUUUUCGAGAGUAAAAAUCACUAAUGUACAAAAUUUUCUUCAUGUACAAAGUGAACUUAUUAAAUAUAUUUAGUCAAACAAACACUCCAAUCGCUUAUUGAAUUCACAGGCUAUAUGAAAUCCAUAUUUGAAUAUUUAUAGUUUAACUUUUAUUGUAAAACAUUCAGCUCCAGAUUUCAUAACUGUAAUCUAACCUGUGGACUCUAUUUAUAACUGGAGUAAAACUUCAGUCAAUCACCCGAAUGAAAAUUGAAUCACCAGAUGAGAUGACUGAUAUUGGAAAUCAGUCUCAGGCCUUGAAUUCUGCACUUUACGUGUAACUGCAGUGAAUCAAAUGGAAGAAAGCAGAAAUGGAAGAAACAUUGAUUAUCACUUUCUCUGCUUUCUUCCAUUUGAUUCAACUGUUGAAUCAGUGCCAGUUAUUGCUUUGUGUUGAAUUUGGUAGAUUCGCUGUCUUUCAACCAGUCGGGGAACGAGCACAGACUUUUGCUCAUGGAAGAUUUCGGGGUGUGGGUUAAGGGGUGUGCUUUCUGUGGCCUUUAUACUUAUCCCUAACCCCUUGAGAUUUGCAUGAGAGUUUUCUCAACUCUCAUACCCCGGUCAAACGAGAACAAGAGUUACAUGAGAGUUGAGAAGCGAGAGGUUGUAUGAGAGUUUUCUCAACUCUCAUGCCCCGGUCAAACAAGAACAAGAGUUACAUGAGAGUUGAUGAGAGUUGAGAAGCGAGAGUUUGUAUGAGAGUUUUCUCAAUUCUCAUGCCCCGGUCAAACGGGAACAAGAGUUGCACGAGAGCUGCAUGAGAGUUGACUAGAUAUUACCGGUCAAACGAGCAAAAAUUCUCAUCAAAAUUUGAAGCAGUUGCCGACGAGAGUCGAUAGCGAGCUAGUGUUGAACUCGCAUCAAACUCUCAUCUUCGUUUGAGCGACUCAAGCCACCUGGUCGCUGUCAAAACAUUUGGCUUUAUUUAUAAACAGACACAAUAUUGCCGUUGGCAAAUACAUACAUUUUCCUCAAGUAAGGGCCAAGCGGACAAUGACUUAUAAACUAUAAGCUAACUAGAAUCGUAUUUUCAUCCUCGAAUUCGAGCUAUUUCGUCCCUUUACACGAAGGUUAAUUCAAAUCACAACAAUGGCUGGUAAUUGAGAAUGGUCCAUUUGGGAAGUGUUUGGAUGUUGUCAUAUUUUGAGCUAUCCAGACCCGUGGGUUUAUUUUCCAGACAUUUUAUCUCCAUUCGCAUCAAAAUCGCAUGUCUCUGUGUUGUUUUAAAUGCAAUGUAUUGGCUUUGAUAAGCAGUCAGCCGUGUGUGCUCAUGUUGUUUUGUGUUUGUUUAGUAACGAACGAAGGAUUGAAACGCUGAAGAACGAGUACGAAGCCAGAGCUCCUGAGCGCGAGGCGAAGGAAAAUGGGGGUGUAAGUGUAACGGCAUUCGAGGACGUUAAAGAAAAGCAUAGUAAAGAAUUAGAGGAAAUUAAGGUAUGCGAAUCAAGUGUUUUAUUACGCUUUUAUGAGAUGAGGCUUGUGUUUAUAUUGCUACUAACUUUAUGUAUACUCGAUAGCUUCAUCAAUUCUGUUCUUCCUAGAGGUCCAGUAAGGAUCAUCUCUUAUUGAUCCAGUGUUACUACAGGGGGAAACCUAAACUUAGGGACGCCGGAACGAUGUGAAGGCAAGGGGGGCAGAUUUUUGUGAAAGGGCACUUUUGAAUUGAUAUAUACUAAGAGAUGUUUGCAAAACAUCGGGAGUUGAACUUUGCCUAAUCAUGUUUUCUAUUUAUUGGAUGAUAGGGGUGUGAGGGGGUUCUCCACCAGGCGAUUGCGCUAUUCUUGAAGCUCGAUGACUGCAUUUCUUGCGUUUUCUGAAGCAAAUUCGUAAAAGAAUUGCACUAACAUUUCUGACAAUUCGCUAUUUCGCCAAGGCAAUCAUUUGAAUUGAAAGGGCACCUUUGCCCCCCUUGACCCUCCUGGUAAAGAGCAAGGGGGGCGGCUGCCCCUCCUGCCCCCCCCCCCCAGUUCCGGCGUCCCUGCCUAAACUAAACUAACUUUGUUUGUAUUGGAUAGCUCUAUCAGUUCUAAACUGUUCUUCCUAGAGGUCCAGUAAGGAUCAUCUUUUAUUGAUCCAGUGUUACUACAGGAGGAAACCUAAACUAAACUAACUUUAUUUAUAUAGGAU